CGAAUUUCAAAGCAUUUUCUUUAUUUUCCGACAGAGAGCAGAGGCUGGCGGAUUCUACUCGUGUUUUCAGUCAUCUCUUUCGUUUUAUUCCUUUAUGUUUCGUCACAUACUAAUCUCAGUACAUCGCCUUUCCUGCGUAUGUUUCCUAAGGUCAACAUGCUUAAUUCUGGUGAAGGAAAUACGUCUUUGAGCUGACAGCCAGCCAGCUAAGAGAGGCAGAGAAGGAGCUCGGCACCUCCGAGGACCUCCAGAAGGCCGUCCAGCUCGUGAAGGAGUUGCAGGAGGCCAAGAGGCUGUACAGGGACGUGAGGGUCUUCUGCUGGGUCCUCAUGUACCCCGGCGCCCACGACACCCAGGCGAGGCAUAUCAAGGCCACCUGGGGGAAGCGGUGCAACAAACUCGUCUUCAUGAGCACUGAGGAUGACCCUUCUGUAGGAGCCAUCGACGUCGGGAGCCUCGAAGGUUAUACCAAGCUGUGGAACAAAACCCGAAGUGCUCUUAAGUACAUCUACAAGAACCACCUCGAGGAGUUUGAGUGGUUCCUCAAGGCCGACAGCGAUACAUAUGUCUUAGUGGAUAACCUACGUUAUGUGCUGCAAGACUACGACACAAACGAGCCGUUAUACUUUGGUCAACAUUAUAAAGUUUAUGGAGGAUAUAACGCGGGUGGAGCAGGCCACGUGAUGGGGAGAGAGGCAGUUCGACUGUUCGUGGAGAAGGCAAUCCCGAAUCACCAGAUCUGCAGACCAGAGAGGUCUAAAGGCGAGGAUGUUGGAAUGGGCAACUGUCUACAAAGAGUUGGCGUCAAGAUAGGCGACACGAGAGACCACCUCGGGCAAGGAAGGUUCUGGCAGCGACACCCGGCGACUGUCAUGAAGGACCCUCUCGGAAGGAUGAAGCACUCACGCUACCCUGUUACCCAAGGAGACAGCCCACAAGACUGCUGCUCAAGCACACUGAUCAGUUUCCACAAGCUGUCAGUGGAAGAACUCUACAUGCUGGACUACCUCAUCUACAAAGUCCGAGUGUUCGGGCAUAUCCCUAUCUUGCCCCUAAAAGCUGCACCGCCGCCCAAUCUAAAUGUCGUUCCGAAGAAGACGAUUGAGAAAUUCCGUGAGUACGAAGACACGAAAUUGCCAGAGUACAUGACAGAAACAACAGAAAAUGAUACGUUGUAGUACUUUUGAUAAUUGUUAUUCAUUAAAAAUAUGAUUG